ACCUAAUUUAAUAUGGCAGCUCACUCCUCUUCAGUCUUCAGUUUGCACCUACUUCUCCUCCAUUCUAGUUUCCAUCUUCUCACUCUCUCUUCUUCCUCACACUCGGCAACCGAAGCUGCAUUUAUGCUGUAGACUCAGAAGAUAUAAGAAUAAAUAUACAUGAUGCAUCACUUCAUGUCCAAGGCUUCGAGGAGGAUAUUGUAUUCGGUUGGAGCUCUAUAUGGAAAUGCCCCAUGUUCUUCCAUGGCCACAAAACAUUAUUUUAGUGUAGUACCAACUCUGCAAAGGAAUUUUGAGAGUAUGCAACCAACACCCAGAAAUUUCUGGAACUGGGGAUCACAGGAGUUCUGCAGGAGAUUGAGCUUUGCGACUGGGUUUGCACCCUUGAAGAAAAAGCCUUUGGAGACAAUCCUUGAUGUUGAAAGGGCUAAGACUAAAUCAGCUGAAGAACUCGCUGACAUUUGGGAUGAUUUUCAUUUGGGUAGGGGUCAUAUUGGUAUAUCAAUGAAAGCAAAAUUGUACCAUCUGUUGGAACAAAGAGCUUCAGAUUGCCGAUAUUUUGUGAUUCCAGUGUGGAAAGGAAGUGGGUACACCACAAUGUUUGUGCAAGUUGAGAUGCCACACAUGCUUUUCACUGGUCUUGAAGAUUAUAAAGCAAGAGGAACCCAAGCUGCUCCAUACAUGACAGCGUCGUAUUACAGAGAAUUUGCAGAAAGCAAGGACUUAGUGCUUGUUCGUGGCGACAUUGUCUUCACUAGCAAGCUGAGUGAUGAAGAAGCAAAGUGGCUCAUGGAGGCUGCACAUUCGUUCUACCUGAAUGAUGUCAGGUAUAAACUGGUCGAGCGUUUCAACAAACAAACUCGCGAAUUCGAGUUCAAGGAUGUUUUGCAAGCCUUAGAGAUGCCGAUACUGUAGUCCAAGAGAAAAAAACCAAGCAUUUUUGUUAGCUAUGAGGACAGGAGGGGCAAUGCCAAUAUUGAAAGACCAAAUACUGUCUUGUUCCUAUGUUUCCAAUAUUUAUAUCUUUGUUUUUAUUUGUAAUUUAGAGGUCAGGAUUUAGACCAAAAAAUUAAAAUUGAUGAGUUAAUUGUCUUAUUAAUGAGCAACAACAAUGACUGCUUCUUGGCU